AUGGCAACUACAUCCAAGCAGCGCCUUGCGCUGGCUAUCUGCGACUUCCUGUCCUCCUCUGUCACCGAUGGCACACUCCCAGCAGAUGAGCAAGAAUCCAUCGAUGUUGCUGUCAACUGCAUCGCCGAGUCCUUCAAGGUCGAUCCCUCCAACAAGGCCGCCGUGUCGGAAGCCAUCGGCGACCAGAACCUCCUGAAAAUAUAUGGCGUCUACGAGAAGUUGAAGAACUCUUCCAAGCCUGCCGCCGACACUUCCUCAUCUGCCGCACCGUCGCAAGCAGGACCAGUCAGCGAAGAUGCCAAGAAGGAGGCCGAGGCGCUCAAGUCCAAGGGCAACGCUGCCAUGGCCCAGAAGGACUACCCCAAGGCCAUCGACCUGUACACCCAGGCCCUGAGCCUGCACCCCGGCAACGCCAUCUUCCUGUCGAACCGUGCCGCUGCAUACAGUGCCGCGAAGGAUCACGAGAGCGCCCAGGCUGACGCCGAGGCCGCCGUUACGAUAGACCCAAAAUACACCAAGGCAUGGAGUCGCCUGGGCCUCGCCCGGUUUGCCCUGGGUGACGCCAAGGGCUCCAUGGAGGCAUACCAGAAGGGUAUUGAGCACGAGGGUAAUGGUGGCAGUGACGCCAUGAAGAAGGGCUUCGAGACCGCCAAGAAGCGGGUCGAGGAAGAGUCCGACGACGCCGAGGUCGCAUCAAGAGGUGCCGGUGGUCCCGCCGGCGGCGCUCCCAACCUGAAUGACCUGGCGAGCAUGUUUGGUGGUGGUGGAGGGCAAGGAGGCGGUGGCGGCGGCAUGCCGGAUCUCGGGUCCAUCAUGAACAACCCCAUGUUCGCUUCCAUGGCUCAGAACCUCAUGAGCAACCCGGAUCUCAUGCAAAACCUCAUGAGCAACCCUAGGCUGCGUGAAAUGGCCAACUCGUUCGGCGGCGGCGGCGGCGGCGGCGGAGGUGGGGGCAUGCCCGACAUGUCAGCUCUGAUGAAUGAUCCUAACAUUGCGGAGAUGGCACGGAAUUUGAUGGGAGGUGGCGGCGGCAGCGGCGGUGCACCCGGGGGUGGCCCCGGCGCUGGAAGCGGACCUGGUGCCGGAGCUCCAUAG